AUGGCGGACGCAAUUUCCAUCGAGGAGACGAACCGGAUUCGCGCGUCUCUGGGCAUGAAACCACUUCCUGUCCCAGGAGCCGUAGGACCAGUUUUCAAAGAUGCGCCUGCUGCUCCUUCCGAGGAGGUUGGCAGCACGCUCGAGUCUCGACAAGCCGAGGGAUAUGAUAACUAUCGCAAAAUACAAGAAGCCGAGGAAGCAAAGAGGAAGCGCGAAGCCAAAGCAGAAGCCAUCAAAAAGGCCCGAGAUGCGGCGAAGAGAUUCUCGAAGCUUGAAGGCAAAGGCCUGGGUGACGCCGAUGAGGAUGAUGUGGAUACCCGGAGCUGGCUGAGCAAGCAAAAGAAACGACAAAAGGAAAUUGAAAAGGCGAGGAAGAAGGAGCAAGAAUUGGCCGAAGCCGAGACCGCUGCCGAAUAUACUGCCAAGGAUCUUGCAGGAGUCAAAGUUGGCCACGAAAUCGAUACCUUCCAGGAGGGCGAGGUCCAGGUUUUGACCCUGAAGGAUACCACUAUCGAAGAGAACGAAGAAGAAGGGGACGAAUUAGAGAAUCUGGAUUUACGUGAGAGGGAAAAACUAAACGAGAAGCUUGAGCUCAAGAAGAAGAAGCCAGUAUAUAAUCCGAACGAUGUCGACGAGACUGGCGAGAAGAGCAUAUUGGCACAUUAUGAUGAGGAGAUUGAUGGAAAGAAGGGCAAGCGAUUUACGUUGGAUGGCAUGGGGAGUACUGCCGAGGCCAGUCGCGAGGGUGUUUCUUCUCAGAAGAUGAAGCCUAAGGUCUUCAGCCUUGAUAUCCUCAAAAACGAGCCAAACUCCGACUACCUCGACAUUUCGGAGAUCAAAAUGAAGAAGCCAAAGAAGAAGAAGGCAAAAUCUACUCGACAAAAAGCGGUCGACGAAGAUGAUAUAUUUCCAGAAGUCGCGGCCGCAGAUACCUCACACGCAAAUAGAGGCGCUAUGGAUGUUGACCAGCCAGCUGUCGCUACCAAGAAGCGGACCUUUGAUGAUAUGUCAUUCGUAGAUGACGAGGACCUCCAGGCCUCUCUGGCUGCCCAAAGAAGAAAUGCUUUGAAGAAGCAGCAAAAACUAAGACCCGAGGACAUUGUAGAACAGCUUCGGGAAGAAUCAGCAACCCCUGCCGCUGACGAGGUUGCCGAAGGUGAAGCUGGCUUAGUGAUUGAUGAGACAUCUGAGUUUGUUGCGAACCUACAAAAACCCAUUGUGCCAGAGCGAAAGAGAACAUCCACUUCGCAACAACCAGAGCCUGUCACCACGAUGACCGCCGACUCUGAUGAAGAGGGCGACGUUGAUAUGGACGAAUCAUAUGCCAAUAUAGAGGAUGAGGAAGACCGUCUGGCUCGGAUGAACCGCGAGGAGUCUGCAAACGAGGAUAUUACAAAUACUGGCUUGGAGAAAGAGGCAACCUUAGACCACGGUAUCGGAUCUACUUUGAAGCUUCUCAAGGAGAGAGGCAUCCUCAAGACUGCAGAGUCUGGAGAUCUCAAUGCUGUCUUCAGGCAGAAACAAUUGUUCCUAGCAGAGAAGCAACGCCGGGAGGCCGAAGCUGAGCGGAAGGCGAGAACACAACGAGAACGGGAUCGUGCAACUGGCCGUCUGGAUCGGAUGUCUGCACGUGAGAAAGAAGACUAUGCUCGCUCGCAAAACACUUUCCGUGAUCAAGUGGAAUCUCGUCAACUCGCAGAGCAUUUCAACAAAGAGUACAAGCCAAACGUGGAGCUCAAGUAUAUCGACGACUUCGGACGAAGCAUGAACCAGAAGGAGGCGUUCAAGCAUUUGUCACAUCAGUUCCAUGGCAAAGGCAGCGGCAAGCAGAAGACUGAGAAGAUGCUCAAGAAAAUCGAGGACGAGAAACGCAAGGAGGCUCAGAGCAGCUUGGAUGGAAGUCAGAUUGGCGGCAUGAGUAACGCGACAGCACAGCAGCGAAAGAAGCAGAGACAGGCUGGCGUCCGAUUAGCAUGA